GCCUGGCCCGAGCACAGAGCUAUUUUUAAGUCGCAGUAAACAGUCGGCUAUACCUACUGUGACCGGACUAGUUUGCUAAUAAUAGGAUUACUUGCCCGCAUGGAUUGAAAAAGUGCAUUUAGGCACAGAAAACCUCCUGAUGAGAGACUAGACGCUACGUAACUUUGAUCAGCUGUUCUGGCAGCGCACGGCUGCUUCGGCGUAGACCUAAUUCCGUGCCUCAGACAGAUAAAUAUAUUUUAGAUGGCCUAUCUAGUUUAGGAUGUGGUUUCUAGGAUUCGAGUUUCCCAGAUGUCUCGCGUUUACUGAGAUAACUGGCGUUAGGCUACUCAGAUAACUCGGUUCAAUGAAAGGCACACUGAAACAAGGCAAGAACGUCUCUCACUUCUGAUAUUCAACACAUUGAGGCACUAGGCUACCAUUAAUUUCAAGAUAGCCGUAGAAGUGUUAAGGGGACAAUAACUGAUGUCAUCAUGCUGUGAAUGCUGUGCAUGUGCAUGCGAGCGGGCAUAGCCUAUGUUGUUUCCUCACUCGCUAUUGCCACACGUGCGUUUCCUAUGAAAAACUCAACUCUGAUGUUAAUUUGAGCGAUAUUUGGGUAUAGGGACCACAAGAUGUCGCUGUCGGACAAAUAUUAUUUUCAAGAAUAACAACAUUCUGUUCAUUCUGGUUAUAGGCCUACUUAUUGUAUUGUAUUGUAUUGUAACUCUGAAACAAGUUGGUAGCAAAUGUUAAAAUGGUGCUAGAUAAUAUGAUCAUCUGAUUUUAACUUUGCCUUUACAACAAAUUAUUUUAACCCCCCUCUUUUGUUAGGAAAGGAUAUGCCACUUUUUAAAAUCGAAUUGGCCAUUCCUGGACUGCCUUUAAUAAAUAGCCUAUUGCCUACGUUUGACAGCGGAAUGAGCUCGUGUCCACGGGCCAGUGUAAAUUAAACGGCAGAGUGAAAGCUGGGAGCGCGCAGCAGAACUGGCUGAGCAAGGCCGCGCAAUUUCCCCUUCUGCUUCUCCCCACCGGAGGAAGUAAAGGCACAUGACUCGCCGCGCGGCUGAUGUCACAGUUAGCGUUGUGCAAAGUUCAGAAGCUCUCGGGAUUAGUUGGAACAGUUAGCACAGCGCAGAGCAGCUUGCGCAGCGGAAUGUGAGACGUGUUCCAGCAGAUCCCACAUGGAAUAGCCGGAGGUACGACCGUCUCCGCUGGCCUUUGAGUGCGGCGCACAGUCGUUUUGUGCGAGGCUACCUUCACACAGGGGCCAUGGAGAGGAUAAAUAAGGAGACUGGAGAGCUGAGUGCAUCUGGAGAGGUGGAGACGCGGGAGCCUGUUCCGUCUCGUCACCAAGGAGACACAGACAUAGACGCAGACGCAGAGCAGGUGCAGACGGUGCGAGAUGGGCUGCUACAGCUGCAGCACACUGCACAACUACCUGCACAGCAGUGUGAGGAGCACCUCAUGAGGAUGCUGCCGCUCUACAUACAGGUGUCAGAGAGUAGUAACGCACUGGAUGAUGUAGAUCUGAAGACUCUGGCUUCUCAGGUUUGUGCCACUCUGGUCCACCACAUCCAGGACAGACUGAACCAGAGACCUGCAGAGGAAGCGCGGCGGGAGCUGGCCCAGUUCUUCCAGAAGACAGAGAGAAGCACUGGAGGCUGGCUGCUGCUGAAGGCCCUCUCACUGCUCUCUGCUCGACAGACUGCGGUGACUGCAGCAGUGAAGUGUGGCCUGCCUGCAGCGUUGGUGAGGUGUCUGUAUGUGUUUGUGGCCGUACCCAGUGCUCACCAGGAGGUGGCAGACCAGCCAGACGCAGACGCAGACUUCCGCCAGCUGCUCAUUCAGGUGAUCCUGCAGCACUGCAGGCAGUUGUGUUUUGUGGAGGAGCUGGUGGAAGCUCAGGAGUUGCAGUGUGUCAUCAUCUCCAUGACAACGCUCUGGGACCAGUGCUCAUCGUCAUGGAGACGUCAGGCAUCCCGUGUUCUCAGGGCCGUGUCCGCUGCUCAGGCGCGCAAUACCGUCCCUGUCCUGCAGGCUAAGAACUGCAUGCGGCUGUGUAUCCAGAACCUGAAGCGGAUCAGUGGGGUGGUUCCAGUGGUGGAGUCGUGCGUGGUGCCAGGGUCAGGAUUGGUUGAAGUGGCCUCGGAGGCGGGACCAAAGAUGGUGCCAGGGUCGGUAUUGGCUGAAGUAGCCGUCAGUGUGUUCUGCUUCAUCAGGGACUCGUACCAACUAAGCCCCGCCCUCUUUGAGGAGUUCGAGAGCAACGAUGGCUAUGGGGUGCUGCAGGCCAUCUUGGAGCGGUGUGAGGAGGAGGUGUGUGUGGAGGGGUUCCAGCCAGUUGAGGACCUGCUGGGUCUGAUUUCCUCCUUGACGCUGUUUGGACGCUCCGAACUCAAGGUGGCGCUGUGUGUCACCAACCCCCAACCGCCCGGCUUCAAGUUCAUCCCCAGCCUUACCAAAGGCUCUGCGGUGAAGAACCUGCGUGCCUUCGGGCUGCUGCAGAGCUGCUUCCUGCGCUCCACCAGUGCGCUGCUCUGCGUCCAGGUGCUGCGGACCGUCCAGACCGUGUGGGCGUGGGACCGCGCCAACUUCUUCCUGCUGGAGUGGACGCUGGGCUCCUUGGCACAGAUGGCGGCGGCCGCCUGGCGCAAGCCCGCGCCCGUGCACCCCCUCUUCUGUGAGCUGCUGGAGAGCGUGGUGCUGCAGCUGGACUACAUCCCCCACGAGGCCUUGCGGCAGCUGCAGGCCGUGUUCAAGCAGAGCCCCGGCGAGGCCUUUAACGGCGCAGUACUGGCCUCCCUCCAGAAGAUGGCGCUGCGCUGUGGCCUGCUGGCUGAGGUGCUGGGUGAGGCCGGCAUGCUGGAUCUGCUGCUGCUAGAGCUACGCAGACACGCCAAGGUCCUCCGCAAGCAAGGGAUGACAGGCAAUGAGCAGCAGGUGGAGGAGAGGGACAGAAGACUGACCGCCAGCAUGCUGAGACUAGUGGCUGCUCUUGCCAUGAGGUCCAUCAGAAACACAGUGUGUAUUAGGGACAGGGGGAUGGUGCCGUAUGUGAAGGUGUUCCUGGAUGACGAGGAGUUCCGUGCUCCUGCGCUGAACAUUCUGGAGCAGCUGGCUGAGGUCAACCCAGACGAGUACAUGAGUUCUGUCAUCGGGGCUCUCUGUUCCGCUACACACACGGAGCACACACUCAAAAUACACCUCCUUCAGUCGGUUCUAAAGGUUCUGGAGAGUCCCAGCAGCUGGGCAGCGUUCCGUGUGGCGGGGGCCUUCGAGGGGCUGCUGUCCCUGGUGUCGGACCUCGCGGGGGCGUUGGCCGAGCCCGUGGGCGCUGCGUGGUCAUCGCUCGGUCGUCACGGCGUCAGCGAGCUCGUCCUCCUGGCCUUGCACACCAUGGCGACGGCCGUGCACCUCGACCCGGUCAGUGGCCACCUGCUGGAGAGCGAGGGCUACUACGAGCGGCUCGCCCACGCCCUGCUCGCGCUCGGCUGCUUCCACACACACACACACUCACACACACACACCACACACACACACUCCUCCGAGUGCGCCCACUGGAGAAGCUUCCGGCAGCUUGUGGUGCUGACCGAGACUCCGUCGCCGCCACUGCCCCCGGCUCUGCUGGACUGCCUGCGGUUGCUCGGUUACCUGGAGCAGUUUGCCACGGGCGUGAGCCUGGAGCCCCCAGAGGUCAUAGCUGAAGGUCAAAGGUCAACACAGCAGCCGGCCGAGGAGGGGGAGCCUCAGGGACGAGUCAGGGGCGUCGCCCUCAGUGUGUCAUCGGUCACCUCUGACAUCAGCAGCAGAUUUACGUGCGAUCAGACGAUCCUCCACCCUGCAGCCAUCAGACUCAUUAUCAUCCUGCUGCCCCGAGUCUAUCACCACAGUGAUCCGCAGCUGUCUGUGGAGGUCCAGUACGCUGUGGCGGAUCAUGUCCAGAUGUUGUUGCGUUCCGAGCGGAACCGGCAGAUCAUGUGUGAGGGGGAUCUGCUGUCGGAGCUGCUGACCCACUGCCCCCACAUGCUGCUGACGCCCACUCUGCCCCUCCACCUGCCCGCUGUACGCAUCCUGGAGAAGCUCGCCUCGCAGUCCAUCAGCCCCGCCAACCUCAGGCGAUAUUUGUGUCUGGGGAAUCCCUUCCUGUGUUCUGAGAACAGCGUUUCCCCACAACCCACUGCUGCAAAUGAUGAGCCCUGUUCUGAGGUGAAGGAUAUGAAAAAGGACGUGAGGAAGUUGAAAAAAAGCUUCAGCCUGUUAAGCUCCUCCCCCCACUCUGGCUCCGCCCUGCCACUCCACCAGAUCAUCAGCCUGGUUUCCAUGACGUCGCCACGAAGCUUUCGGCCACACAAGCUCUCUGCCACACCCUCCUUUGUGGAGUUUGACAUGAGCGAAAGUGGAUAUGGAUGUCUGUUUUUGCCAUCUCUGGCCACAGUGAAGGGUGUGAGCUCUGAUGGCAUUUCGACUGGGGGAGUGGGGAAAGACUGUCGUGGCUUUCCCCCGGCGGCAGGCCUGACGUUCUCCUGCUGGUUCCUUGUGAGUCGGUUCAGUGCAGCGUGUGACUCGCACCCUCUGCGGCUGCUGACCGUGGUCAGACACAUGUCCCGAGCCCCGCAGAGCUACGUCUGUCUGGCCGCCUCCAUCGCCGCCGCCGACGGGUCACUCAUCAUCUCCACCGACGAGGAGCCGUACCAGGACCUGGACAUUAUGGAGCCUGAGGUUGGCACCUCCCUUCCCUCCACUGUGCGCUUCAAGUGUUCGCAGCAGUUAAGCCCCGCCCAGUGGCAUCAGCUGACCCUAGUGCUGGCCAAGGACAUCAAGCGCAGCUGCAAGGUCACCGCCUACCUUAACGCCAAGGUCAUCGGCUCUGCCAAGAUGCAGUACAUCAAGCCGUUUCCGGGUCAGUGCGUCUCCAUGGACCCCACGGCUGUGAUCGACGUGUGCGGCAUCAUCGGCACACCGUCGCUAUGGAAACAGCACGCGGCACUCGUGUGGCGGGUCGGCCCCAGCUUCCUGUUUGAGGAGCCACUGGGCCCCGACGCCGUGGAGACCGUUUACAGCCAGGGCACCUGUUAUCUAGGCAACUAUCUCGCCCUGACCCCCCAAGAUGGGAGCUCCAGUGAGGUCCAUGCUGUGGGCCGUUGGGUCCCAGAGGAGAGGAUCUCUUUUGGGAUAAACCCAGCGGUCUCCUACCUCACCACCGUGGCUCAGAUACGGGACGACUACAACGAGGUGGACUGCAGGCUCAUCGCCAAAGAGAUGGGCAUCACCUCUCGUGAUAACACCACUCCAGUCCUCCUGUGCAGAAAUAUCAGCCAGCAUCUGGCCGGCACCAGCAGAGCCAUCGGGGCUGCAGUGGUGGGGCGGUUCGGUGUAAGGACCUUCAUGCCCAACAGCGCUGCUCGCAGCUUCCAGUACAUCGGCGGUCCAGCGGUCAUCCUGAGUCUCAUCGCCAUGGCUACGGACGACAGCUCUCUGUACGCGGCGGUGAAGGUGUGUGUGUCCGUUCUCAGCACCAACCCGUGCAUGGAGCAGGAGAUGAGGCGGAUGCAGGGAUACAAGCUCCUGGCGUUCCUGCUGAAGAUGAAGGCUCCGCUGAUCAGCAGUAGAACCUUCCAGCUGGUUCUGUCGCUGACUGGAACCGUGGAACUGGGCUCUUGUUCUGGGCUUGUGUACAACCUCCCAGCCUUCCAGCAACUCCUCUGUGAUGCUGAGAUUUGGCAGAAGGCCCCUGAGAACCUGGAUCUGUCCGUGCUAAACCACUUCACUGACAUCCUGAAGGCAUCUAGUGAGAGUGCAGAGGUGAUGCACCGGUUGGAUAUGGUGGAUAAGCUGCUGUUCCAGCUGCAGGAGCCUGUGUGUUCCCCCCGCAAAGUCCAGCUGGUCACCAGUGUGCUUGCUCUACAGCUGCAGGGGCACCUCAACCGCAGAGACAUCAGCAGAAUCGGGUUGUUUGUGGUUUCCACACUUCUUCCUCCCACCAUUGAUGAGAAUGUCCUCUUAUCAGCUGUGGAGUUUGAUGAGCAAGCUCUGACUCAUUCUCCAGUGCGGAUGCUGUGGGUGCGUAACCAGCUGCUAGAGCUCAUCAUCUCUCUACUGAGCCCUGACACCACCCUCACUCAGCAAGGGCAGCUGCAGGUGUACGAGGCGCUGGGUGUGGACUGGUUCUUCAUGCUGCUCCAGUCUCACCUCCACAAGAGCUCCGUCCUGCUGGGCGUCCGGCUUCUCUCUCUCCUCCUCACGCACUCUCACACACACACACACACACACCUCAUCUCAAGUCUCAGGGACACACACACACCGGGAACACUGCUGCAGCACACUCUGGAGCCUUCCGCCAGCAUGGAUAACCUGCGUGUGCAGGUGUGGUCCCAAGGGGGGGUGAGCGCCACCUAUGGGGGGUUUGAGGUCCUGCAGAAGCUUCUGGAAGCUCAGGUGCACCUGCCCCACGUCUACACCACUCUUGCCACUCUGCUUCUCAACACACGGCCUCCUCACAUACCUGCAGGACAGGUUGAUCUGGAUAGUAUUCUACAGGGGCUGCUUGAGUCUUCCACAAAUACAUCACACACUUCUCCUCCGACCGCUGACACACCCCACACAGCGCACACACCCCAGACAGCGCACACACCACCCACAGCACACACACCCCAGACACAGCUGUGUGUGGAAGCAGCAUGCAUCCUGGUGGAACUGGUCAGGGUGAUCAUCACGCAGAGGCCUGUUGCAGGAAGUGAUGCGUGGCCUGAAAGAGGAAGUGAUGUAUGGCAGGUGCAGUACCCCGGCAGCGUGAUGCAGUUCCUGUGUCUGGUGCACAGUCUCCGCCCCCUUGACUCGCUGUGGACUCGGCCGGACUUCCUCUCGGCUCUUGCCAGGGCCAUGUUCCCUCCAAGCACAGAGGGUAACGCUAAGGCCCCGCCCCCUCACCCAGCCAGGAAGCAGGUGUGUGACUUCAGCCGCAUUCUCCUGCUGGACAGCCUCAUGCACAUCCCCGCCAGCGACACACACACACACCACCCGCUGGAGCAGCUGCUGGAGUUCUCUCCUGAGGGAGUGUGUGAGGAUCAGAAGCAGAUCUUUCAGACAGAGUUGCUGCUCUCCCUCAUUGAGCUCAUCCACAUUACAGGACAAGAGGAUACACACCUUUCCAGAGAUGACUCCGCCUCAGGUGGUUCUGGUCAGACGGUUCUGCUGGAGAACGUAGGGUUCUUCUGUGCUGCACUGGUGGAGAAGCUCUACACUGGCCUCUUCAGCACUGACCCUGAGACACUCCUCGUCUUCAUCGCAGAGCAGGUGGUCAUGGCGAUGGAGAAAGCCCAGAUUCAUCGGGAAAGAACUGUGAGUGCCCUCUACAAGAGCCUGAACCGCUCCCUGCUUUACUUCCUGUCCGGCCCACGCAUCACUUCCUGUGAGCAGCAGCUUGUCCUGCGCACACUGCGCACCAUGGAGCAGCAGUGGGACGUCGUCAUGGCGACCUACAACAGCAACGUCCACUUCACCUCAUGCCUGAUGCACUGCCUCCUGCUGGUCAGGAGUGGAAGCUAUCCAGAGGGCUUUGGGUGUGAGGGCUUCAGGAGGCCCCUCCCCCUCCCUGACCAAAGCACAGAAGCCCCGCCCCCAGGUCAAGAGACACACCCCUCUGAAGUGGAGUCGGAGCUGAUGUGUGUUGUUGAGAGUGUGUGGAGUCGGGUGCUCCAGGAGAGAAGGGCCGUGCUGGAGGAGGCGUUUAAGCUUGACCUGUCCGCUAAAGGGGGUCGGGACCAACCCAUCGCCAUGGGAGACGUCAGCCCGCUGUGGGAGGAGACAGCGCAGAAAGCCUGGCAAACCUUCAUUGAUGCUCAGACGAAGCGCCUUGAGAGCGCCCCCUCCAGGAGGUCUGUGAUAGCUGCAGCAGUGCGCUCCUUCUACAGACGCACAGACAAGGAGACCAGUGGGAGCGUGGAGGACUUCAUGAAUGGGAUGGAGGCCUUCAGAAAGACUGCUCAGGAGAUGUUUGAUAGUCUCCUCAGUAACCACACACAGGCUCAGCAGUGCCAGUGUGAGCGUGUGGAGUCACUGUGGAAGCAGCAGGAGGCAGAGCUUCUGCGUGAGAGGGGCGUGUUUGGUCCGGCGGCGGGGGUGUGGCUACAGCAGCGCUGGGUGCAGGACGCCACCGAGGGGCCUGGCCGAACACGUGCACGCGUCCGACGCAGAGCCCUGCGCAUGUCCAGGAAGAUGCAGGUGUUGACCUCAAGUGUGUGUGUGAAGAGCAACCCAGUGGAGGAGAGUCGUGGCGUGACUGAGAACUGGGACACUGAUCCAGAGCUGCGUAUCCUAUGUGAGGCAGGCCGUGAGGCGGAGGAGGCGGGGCUUGACUGUGAUCAACUGACCUUCUUCCCCGAGCUGAGCGAACCCCUGACCUCACACACCGACGCUCACACCUGCACGGAAACACACAUCAUCCUCCAGGAGCUCAGAGAUCAAGAGGAGGUGAAGGCGAAGAUGAGUGUGGUUCAGGUGAACGGAUACCAGGUGUGUGAGUGUGUGUUGCUGUUUGGGAAGGCAGAUCUGUACCUGUGUGAAGGCUUCAACCUUACCCCCUCAGGAGACGUCUGCUGCACCAACCACCAACCAUCCAGUAUCCGAGACUCCUAUCUCAGUAGCAUGUUUAAGAAGGAGAAGGCCUCUACAGUGCAGAGCUGCAAGUGCUGGCCCUACGAUGACAUCAAAGGUGCACACUUCAUGCGCUACCUACUGGAGGAUAAUGCUCUGGAGAUCUUCCUGAGGAAUGGCUCCUCUGUGUUCCUGGUUUUUCCCAACAAGGAACACAUAUCUGCUUACAAGAGGUUGAGUUCAGUCACUCCAGCUCUGAAGGGAAAAGUGAUGGAGGCUGUGUUUAAUAUGAGGAGGUCUGGAGGGGUGGAGAAAAGUGUUCUCCUCAGGUGGCAGAAAGGAGAGAUGAGUAACUUUGAGUACCUGAUGCAUCUGAACACCCUGGCUGGACGCACCUAUAACGACCUCAUGCAGUAUCCCAUCUUUCCCUGGGUCUUGGCAGACUACCACUCUCAGACUCUGGACCUGUCGGAGGCGGCGACCUUCAGAGAUCUGUCUAAGCCAAUGGGAGCCCAGACAGAGCGGCGGAGGGACAACUUCAUCCAGAGAUACAACGAGGUGGACACCGUAGAGGGUGAUCUGGCGGUGCAGUGUCACUACUGCACACACUACUCUUCUGCCAUCAUCGUGGCCUCCUUCCUCGUCAGAAUGGAGCCCUUCUCACACACAUUCCUCACACUGCAGGGCGGUUCCUUUGACGUUCCAGAGCGGAUGUUCCACAGUGUCCAGAAGGAAUGGGAGUCGAGCUCACGGGACAACAUGAGUGACGUCCGAGAACUCAUCCCAGAGUUUUACUACCUCCCAGACUUCCUCACCAACACCAACAACCUGAAGUUUGGGUGUAUGCAGGAUGGUACAUCUCUGGGGGAUGUAGUUUUGCCACCAUGGGCCAAAGGAGAUCCGCAGGAGUUUAUCAGAAUUCACCGAGAGGCCCUGGAGAGUGAGUAUGUGAGUGCACACCUGCACCUGUGGGUGGACCUGAUCUUCGGCGUGCGGCAGCACGGUCCGGCGGCGGUGGAGUCGCUCAACACCUUCCACCCGUACUUCUACCCCCACCACCUGGACCCCACGCUGCUGACCGACCCCCUGCAGAGGAGCACCAUCCUGGGCUACAUCAACAACUUCGGACAGGUCCCCAAGCAGCUCUUCACUAAGCCGCAUCCGAGUCGUUUCGCGCAGAAGAAGGACAUGACCCCCUCCAGCACAGUCACGCCCUUCUACCUGCAAUUGGACAAAAUCAAGCCCUCGGCCACGCCCAUCAAAGAGCUGCAGCAGGGUCCUGUAGGUCAGGUGGUGUGUAUGGAUCGGGACGUUUUAGUUCUGGAGGGAAACCGGCUCUUGGUCCCUCCCCUCGGUCACGUCUUCUUCUGCUGGGGUUCCUAUGACAACAGCUGUGCCUUUGGCAACUACGCUACGGACAAGACGUUUGCGGUGUGUGAGAGUGUGUGUAACUGGGGAGAGGUCCUGUGUGCAGUGUGUCCCAACGCCACCACCAUCAUCACUGGAGGAACCAGCAGUGUGGUGUGUGUGUGGGAUGUUCUACUCAACAAGGACAAACUCACAAACAUGACGCUCAAACAGCCUCUGUAUGGACACACGGACGCGGUGACCUGCGUGGUGGCGUCAGAGACCCAUGGUCUGAUCGUGAGCGGCUCUCGAGACCACACCUGCAUCCUCUGGGACCUGGAGGAGCUCAGCUACAUCACUCAGCUAGCAGGACACCCGGAGAGUGUGUGUGCGCUCGCCAUCAACACACACACGGGGGAGAUCGUGUCCUGUGCAGGUACACACCUCUACCUCUGGUCGGUUCGGGGGCAGCUGCUGUCGUCCCUGGAGACGGGGGCGGGACCCGAGGGGCGGAGCCUGUGCUGCCUCUUCACCCAGCGCAACGAAUGGGACCCCCACCACGCCAUCGUAACUGGGGGCAACGACGGCAUCAUCAGGAUCUGGCGGACAGAAUACUCAAGCACGCAAUUACCCACAAUCCCGCAGGGCUGCACGGACCACCAUGAGCCUCAGGAGGGUCUUCAUGACGAUGACGAUGCCGGUGUGUGUGGGCCCUCGGGGGGGGUGGUCUGGGAGCGCCACCUGGUGUUGUGUAGUGAGCUGAACCGCAGUCAGCUGGUGUCACGGCGACGAUACCGCACCAAUCCCCCCGUCACCGCCCUGGCCGUGUCCAGGACAAACGGGACACUGCUGGUGGGAGAUGCAUGGGGAAGAGUAUUCAGCUGGACCUGUGAGGUCUAGGACACACACACACACACACACACACACACACACACACACACACACACACACACACACACACACACACACACACACACACACACACACACACACUCCCUCCCAGACCAAACAUGUCCGGCAAUGCAAAAGACACACUCACCCAAACAUGCACAUAGACACAUGUGUACAGAAAUACACACACACAAUAACACACACACACACACACACACACACACACACUCAGCAGGGUUUUCCCCAGUGUGCCCUGGGCUGUCUGCUGGCUCUAUUUUAGUCCUCCUCUGACCUCAAUGCUGAAAGCUAAAUUACCUACACACACACACACACACACACACACACACACACACACAGUCUCACAGAAUGCCCACUUGAGCCUGUCGGACACACACACACACACACACACACACACCACAAACACACACACACAUACAGUAUGGGUGAUCUCAGGAAACGUUGGCAAGAAAAGAGGAUGUGUUGGCAAACUGAAGAUGGUACAGGCCACACCCACGUGCAUGCCAGACCCAAUGCAUGAUGGGAAGGGUCUGGAGUUGUGCUUAGCCUUAAACACACACACACACACACACACACACACACACACACACACACACACACACACAAACCUACACACUACACACGCACAGACAUAAACACCCAUGCACAUACACACACACACACACACACAAACACACAAAAUGCUGUACUGACAGCUUUGAUAUGUUUGCUUUAUAGUGUGGUCACUCUGUGUGCAUUAGAGUUAUUUUUAUUUUACGUGUGUGUGUGUGAGAGAGAGAGAGAGAGAGUUGAAAUGUCUGCCCUCUGAUUGGGUAGAUUCUGUAUCUGUGUUUCAUGAUCAAAUUCUUGUUUUGAACUAAGACUUAACUAACUUAAUAAAGAGCAAAUGUUUACUUCCA